UCUGUUGUAAUCUUGCGAGAAUGUCUGGAAGAGGAAAGACCGGCGCCGGCAAGGCUAGAGCAAAAGCCAAGACCCGCUCAUCCAGAGCUGGACUCCAGUUCCCGGUGGGUCGUGUCCACAGGCUGCUCCGGAAAGGCAACUACGCUGAACGCGUUGGUGCCGGAGCUCCGGUGUACCUGGCGGCGGUGCUCGAGUACCUGACCGCUGAGAUCCUGGAGCUGGCCGGCAACGCCGCCCGCGACAACAAGAAGACCAGGAUCAUCCCCCGGCACCUGCAGCUCGCCGUCCGCAACGACGAGGAGCUCAACAAGCUGCUCGGCGGAGUCACCAUCGCUCAGGGCGGCGUGCUGCCCAACAUCCAGGCGGUGCUGCUGCCCAAGAAGACCGAGAAGGCGGUCAAGAGCAAGUAAAGCUCCCCGACAAACAAACACCCCAACGGCUCUUUUAAGAGCCACCCACUUCUUCUCAAGCUGCAACUUCCUAUAGAAAAUCCAGUAUCACUAUUAUACUUGUAUAAUAGUCAAACACUACUAAACCUCAGCAGUUUAACAGUUUCAGCUGUUUAACUUGGUUGUCAGUGGCACUGAAAGUAAACCCCUAAUCUAUCUUUUCCUCUAACACUAUUGUGUACUAUAGAAGGUAACUUCAACUCUUUAUUCAAAAUCAAAGCUUAGUCAUGUUAGAGAAAUUGUGUGUGUGUGUGAACUGCAAAGUUGUGAUGAGUGGAAGCUUUUUGAGUCUCUGGGGCUUCAAACUCAGCAGCCCAGUGACAUCUGGUGGUUUGCAAAACUUCCAGCAGCUGACACUCAACACCUGAGUGACGAAAACUUGCUUGUUGUUAAAUCAAUUUUUUUUUUUUGGCGUGCUGCAUUCAAUUUAGAUCUGCAAUAUGUUACAGAAAAAUAAGAGGCUAGAUAUCAAAUAGUAAUAGUUACUGAGACAAAAUGUAAACUAGCCCAUUACUUGGUAUCAGGAGGAAAUGUCCUCAUACUUGUGAUUUUGCUUUAUAAUCUUUAUCCCACUAAUGUGCUGACCAGAGUUUAGCUGUAGUGACGUUUGACCUCUGCCCUCACAUUCAAAUAUUACACAUGGAUUCUCCCUCAGCUCAGAAUAAAAUCUUUGUAUUAAUAUAUUAAA